CCGUACGUGCGCCGUACGUGGGCGCGGUGCUUCGGCGCUCAGGGUUUCGGCGAGCGAGUGGGCUCCGUGCCGAGGUGAAGUCUGGGAGGGGCCCUUUUCCAGGCGGUCGCGGCUCCCCCUGGCGGCGGACUUGCGGCGCUGGAAGAGCGCAGUCAGGCGUUCUCCGCGGGCAGCCGGCGGCGGGGCCUUGCCUCAGAGCGCGGGGUCCUCGGCGGCCUGGGCGGCUGCUGCCCCUGCUGCUGUCGUAGGCGAGGACGGCUGUUAGUGCUGCUGCUGUUGGUUCGUCGCGGCUGCUAAGGAGGAGGAGGAAGAGGGCGAGGCGACAGGGAAAGAAGGAGGCAGGCGCGGCGGCAGCGGCGGCGCCCCGGGCCGGCGGCGGCGAGGGGGCGGAAGAUGGCGGACGUGCUUAGCGUCCUGCGACAGUACAACAUCCAGAAGAAGGAGAUUGUGGUGAAGGGAGACGAAGUGAUCUUCGGGGAGUUCUCCUGGCCCAAGAAUGUGAAGACCAACUAUGUCGUUUGGGGGACUGGAAAGGAAGGCCAACCCAGAGAGUACUACACGUUGGAUUCCAUUUUAUUUCUACUUAAUAAUGUUCACCUUUCUCAUCCAGUUUAUGUCCGACGUGCAGCUACUGAAAAUAUUCCUGUGGUUAGAAGACCUGACCGAAAAGAUCUCCUUGGAUAUCUCAAUGGUGAAGCGUCAACAUCGGCGAGUAUAGACAGAAGCGCUCCCUUAGAAAUAGGUCUUCAGCGAUCUACUCAAGUCAAACGAGCUGCGGAUGAAGUUUUAGCAGAAGCAAAGAAACCACGAAUUGAGGAUGAAGAGUGUGUGCGCCUUGAUAAAGAGAGAUUGGCUGCUCGUUUGGAGGGUCACAAAGAAGGGAUUGUACAGACUGAACAAAUCAGGUCUUUGUCUGAAGCUAUGUCAGUGGAAAAAAUUGCUGCAAUCAAAGCCAAAAUUAUGGCUAAGAAAAGAUCUACUAUCAAGACUGAUCUAGAUGAUGACAUAACUGCCCUUAAACAGAGGAGUUUUGUGGAUGCUGAGGUAGAUGUGACCCGAGAUAUUGUCAGCAGAGAGAGAGUGUGGAGGACACGAACAACUAUCUUACAAAGCACAGGAAAGAAUUUUUCCAAGAACAUUUUUGCAAUUCUUCAAUCUGUUAAAGCCAGAGAAGAAGGGCGUGCACCUGAACAGCGACCAGCCCCAAAUGCAGCACCCGUGGAUCCCACUUUGCGUACCAAACAGCCUAUCCCAGCUGCCUAUAACAGAUAUGAUCAGGAAAGAUUCAAAGGAAAAGAAGAAACGGAAGGCUUCAAAAUUGACACUAUGGGAACCUACCAUGGUAUGACACUGAAAUCUGUAACGGAGGGUGCAUCUGCCCGGAAGACUCAGACUCCAGCAGCCCAGCCCGUACCAAGACCAGUUUCUCAAGCAAGACCUCCCCCAAAUCAGAAGAAAGGAUCUCGAACACCCAUUAUCAUAAUUCCUGCAGCUACCACCUCUUUAAUAACCAUGCUUAAUGCAAAAGACCUUCUACAGGACCUGAAAUUUGUCCCAUCAGAUGAAAAGAAGAAACAAGGUUGUCAACGAGAAAAUGAAACUCUAAUACAAAGAAGAAAAGACCAGAUCCAACCAGGGGGCACUGCAAUUAGUGUCACAGUACCUUAUAGAGUAGUAGACCAGCCCCUUAAACUUAUGCCUCAAGACUGGGACCGCGUUGUAGCCGUUUUUGUGCAAGGUCCUGCAUGGCAGUUCAAAGGCUGGCCAUGGCUUUUGCCUGAUGGAUCACCAGUUGAUAUAUUUGCUAAAAUUAAAGCCUUCCAUCUGAAAUAUGAUGAAGUUCGUCUGGAUCCGAAUGUUCAGAAAUGGGAUGUAACAGUAUUAGAACUUAGCUAUCACAAACGUCAUUUGGAUAGACCAGUGUUCUUACGAUUUUGGGAAACAUUGGACAGGUACAUGGUAAAGCAUAAAUCCCACUUGAGAUUCUGAAUUAUUUGGCUCCUCUGUUUCUGGAAAUUGAGACUCAAGCUUUAUGAAUUUAUCAAGAACUUAAAGAUGAAGAAGGUCACAGAUUGAUCUUUUAUAAAACCUUACUCGAUGCUUUGUGCUUCAAGGAGAUGAUGCCUGUCAUCCAUAUAAGCAAACUUUUUGGCUUACAACUAUUUUUUUAAUACUAGCCUUCUAGUCUGUAAUGGAAAUUGUAUAUUUUGAUAGAAGUUUUUUCUCCAUUGGUUAAAUUAGCAUUACUUAAAAAAUUUGUUUCUUUAGAAAAUAAAUGCAGGUUAUAAAUGUGUGUAUAUUUAGAGAUUAUAAGGCUCUCUGAGCCAUCUUGCUUCUGAUUUUUCAUUGCUCUCUAAUUCUUUUUACUGAAAAUACUGUGUGAUGAAUGGUAUUAAAUUUUAGUCUCUGGAACAUCCAAACCAAGCAGAGGGAUGUGACCAUUUUGAAUGAAUCAGAAUGUCAACCUGUAUGUACACUAUAUCUACACUUACUCUUUAUUUAAAAAGAAUAAUGAAAAAUCAAGAACAACUCUUCAAUUUGAUUGAACUGUUCAGCCUUUUCAAGAUUUCUUUAUUUACAAAUGAUAACAUUUAAUGAAUGUACGUUCUUCUCACUGACUGGUGAUUUUUGAAACUUAGAAUGAUGUGUUUCUAUCUGUGAUAUCUUUCCGUUUGAAAAAAAUUUCAAAACACAGAUUAAAACCA